CUCUAAGCCUUUUUUACUUCUACAUACCUCUUUCCUCCACCUUCCCUGUUGUCCUAACCAUGUCUGAUCAUGUACUUUCAUUCUUAUUUUCCAGAUUACCUCUUGGAUUUGAAGAGAACCAGUGUUUGAAUAUUCCAUCCAUCUGUCCACAAUACUAUAAUUAAUUGACCUAACAUGGAUCAUUUCAGUGAUAGAAUGACCCGUGUCAGGUCAAUUAAUACCAACAUGAUUCAAUUUAGGGACUUCAGUUGCUCCACUAGGGAAGCAGAUUUCAUUGGCGGAUUAGGCAUUGUUAGAUUGAAGAUAUCAGAGGUCUCCAAUUAGAGCCUACAAAAGGAAACCGACCCAGAAGUAUCUCUGAUGAUUUCUGGUGAAAUUAUUUGCACUCUGGAUUAAGCCAUACAUGAAGUUGGUUCUGCCCCUGAAUAUUUAAUCUAUAAUGAACUAUAAAUUGCCUGUGUUGCUCAAUUCAGUUUGAGUCUUUUAUUAGUCACUUGAAAUGAAAGAAUUCCACAUGAUAUGGCUUUUUUUCCCCCUGGAUCCUAAACGACAUUGGGGCAUGAUUUCCAAUCUCUGCCCUUAAGACCCUGUUCAUCAGGCCUAUGCACUCACUUGUUAUUGCCUAUAAAAGGGGGGACAUCAGACCACCCUCAUGUCUCAGAAGGCAUUAAUUUAACUCACAUAUAAUGCAUAAAUAAAUGACCAGCAAAUAGCCCUUACCUCUUUACUGAAAAGUUGGAAGGGAAUUAUUGUAAUCAGGAGCUCGUCUUCCUACCCAAAAGAGAAUUGUUGGCAGUACAGGGAGGCCAAAAGUAUGUAGCCUCAAUAACCUUGAGAAAGUGUAACUAAGGUUGGUCUUUGAGAAUUAAACUAGUAGAAUCCCCACACAAGGAGUGUCGUCUGACAUCCAUGACAGCCAACCAAGAGUGUGCCUGUUUGAAAACUACAAAACUCCAGUCAAGGUCGUCACCUCAGAGAAACCAAAAUGAAAUGCAAUUGCAAUUAAGCAAUCUGAAAACUAAUUCUAUGCUCUCCCACACCUAGCCUUAUGCUUGGCACGUAGCACCAUCAGUAAAUAUUUGUUGAAUGAAUGAAUCAGCAUGAACAAAAGUGUCAACAUGGCAGAGGAAAUCUAAGAAGCCAGAAGCAGGCAGUUAUCCUUCAUACGAAGUCCAAGAGACAGGAAAUUUCAUGUAUAUAGAUAUAGAUAGGAACCUAGAUGUGGAGGUGGAUAAAUAUAAUAGAGAUAAACAUAGACACCUGAAUCUGUGUGCUUGGUUAAUAUACACCUACCACUGGACUACAGACCCACUCUCAGUAUGGGGGUCAGACCUUGGACCCUACUGCAUAGAAUAAGAAUUCUGUAGAGGCUCUGAGUCAUCAGCCUGGAUACCAAUUCCUUUGCAUGGGAUCGAAGACAGAGAGCUUAAGAAGAACUGGGAUAGUCGAUUCAACUGCAGCUUUCUCACCUAUUAGUUGGUCUCCUGAGGCUGAAAUCUGAAGCAUCAAAAGGUAAACAUUCCACUUGAUCCAGGAACAAAAACAAAGCAAAGUGAGAAUGAGGAGAAACAUGAACAAAGACUUUUCAGCUCGCAUGGAGGCUCUGAUCACCCAGGCAAGUGACAUAGAUCCAGCCACCACAGCAGCAGGAGCACUCACAGGGGUGGUACCCCCAGUUAAGACUCUACUUGAAGAUGCUCCACUCACUGCAAGUCAUGGAGUAAAUGUGGGUCAGAAAAGUGUAGGUCAAAAAGACAAUGAUGAGAUGAAAAAAGUGUGUGAUUUUAGUUUGUAUCUAAGUGCAGAGGCUGAUGGGCCAUGCCCAGAUUUGGCUUUGGUUCAUGCUGCACUGGAAGAAGAUUCCUGUGCUGCUGAUGGUGAGGAUAAUGUAGGGAAGAAAACCAGCCGUAAAAGGAGGAAUAAAAAGGAAAGUAAGAUUGUGUAUCUUCCUUUGCCUCUGACACUGCAGACUCGGGCAUCGUCUGCAGCCCAAUUUCUAAGUCAAUCUUGUGCCAUGGAGUCUUUCCCAAUUGCUAAUGUGGGGCAAGCAAGCAAUGAGCAAAGGUGGGAUGAGACAUCAGUUCUUGCUCAGCCUUGGGAGGCACUGAAUGGUGCUGUGCCACCAGAAACAAGUCCAGGUCAGUCCUCUCUUGAGGAGGCCUCUGUGACAACCAAUGAGGAGAACAAAGUACAGCAGAAAAGCAAAAGUAAAGGGAAAAAUAAAAAGAAUGAAAAGAUUGCAGGUGGUCCUUGGCCUCUGACAGUACAGGCUUGGGUAUCUUUCACAGGCCCAAAUCCAGCACAGACCAGUAUUACAAGGCCUUCACCAAUUGUGAAUGAUGCAAUCAGCAUAGGGCCAAAAAGCAGAGGUCAAAGAUGUGAGGAUAGCAUGUCAAUUCUUACUUUGUCUCAAGACACAGAUGGCGGUGACUCAAGCUCAUUUGUAGCUCUAGGACGGGCUUCCCUGGAGGAAUUGUCCUCUGCUCCUAACAGUGAGGCAAAUGUAGGAAAGAAAAGAAAACGUAAAAGGAGGCAUAGAAAGCGCAAAAAUGCCCUGGCUCAUCUCUGGCCUCUGACAGUGCAAGCCUGGGCAUCAUUUACAGAAGCAAAUCCAGCCCAGACCCUUUUACAGGGGAAACCUCUAGGGAGGGAAAGCUGGCCUCAACUGGAGAAGUGUGAGGAAGAAAGAAAGUCUGUUAUCCCUUGGUCUGAGGGGACACAGACUGGGCCGCCCUGCUCCAUAAUGGCUUCUUUGCAGACUUCAUUUGAGGGGGCUUCUCUUUUAGAAGAUAUCCAGACAAAGCUGAAAGAACUUAGGAGGAGGCCUGUGAAGAGAGAUGAAGGGCAACUGCAGAAUAGCAUAGAGCUCACCCUGGAAUCCUGUCAGGGUUGGAGAAAUGCAGAGAGAUACCCAAGGGAUCAGAACUUCUGGGAAUGUACCGUCAUGAAUUUUGCUAGGCAAGUUGAUUGUUGUUAUUGUGGGGAGCUCUGCUCACAAGAGAGAAUGGAGGCUUUGACUUUGACCAAAGCCCAUACCCACAUCAGUACUUCAGUGAUGGGAAUGCAUGGACCAGAGAAGGAAGGGGCUGAAUCGCAGACAAUCUGGAUGGGGAAAUGGGAAAGCUUUUAAGAUAAAGAAGAUAAAAGAAAGGGAGCUAAGGAGCAUUCUGGGUCCUGGAAGUGCAAUUGUCUGCAUUUUGGGGGGAGAGAGGAAUGUUUAAAAUGCUACUCUGAGGAAAGAGAGGUUAAAUAUACAAAUGGUAAAUUUCUCCAGAUUUUAUGGUAAUAUCAUAAUUACUCUAAUCGUGGGAGAUUUCUCUCCUAAUUAAGUUUUCAGUUUAUUAGCAGAUAAAGAGAACCUCCUUUCUUCUGUCUAUCCUCUUCCUCAUAAAUUCUCUGAAAGGAUUGGAAAAGUUGUGUUGUUAUGACUGAUAAACAGUAUUAUGAGUCUAGAUUACAAACGAAUGAUACAAUGUAUAUUGGAUCCUGAGGAUACUGCCCUUGACUAUAAAAUGUUAUUGAAUAUUGUAUGUAACAUUGCAAACUGACUUCAUUAUAUUUAAUUCUGGUACUGACCACUUAAUAGUUGUUAAGAGCAUGGGCUCUAUAGCUACAAUGGCAAGAUUCAAAGCUGUGUUCCUCUGAGUAAAUUACUCAUCUUCCCUGGGUCCCAAUUUCCCUCUCCCACACAGAGAGGGAAAUAAUAAUAAUAACACCUCUUAGAGUUCUGUGAGAUUAAAUGAAUUAACAAAUUAGCAGCACUUAGAAGAGUAUUUGGCAUACCAGAAGCCCUCACACAAUGUCAAAUGUCAUUACUUUAACUUAAAGCACUUAAGUUCUGUAAAAGGGCUGGUUUUGUGGUACUAUGUGUCCUAAAAGUUACAUAAAUGUCAUUGCAUACAUAAUAUGGAAUAUGAAGCUUCUAUUUAAGUUAUAGUAACAAAAAUGCUUAAGGGCAUAGAAAAAUGCUACUUAUGGGGGGAAAGCAGGUUAUUUCUGAGGUAGUGGAUAUUAAGCAUGUCAAGAAAUUCUUCAGCAAUAAAGACUUGGAGAGAAAUGCA